AUGCUUCCAAGUCUACUGGUGAUUAUCUAUCUGGUUAAUAAUUCACUAUUGAAAAUUUAUGGAGAUCAUGUACCUUGUGAUAAACUAAAUCUUCAAUCUAAUAAUGAUCAAAAAACGAUUAUAUGCAGUGAUACAUAUUCAAAGUUUGAUCGUUAUUAUUACUCACAAGUAAUACGUUAUAAUCAACCUCUUCCAAUUGUUGAUGUAACUUUUCGUCAAAUCAAUGAUUAUGUUGAAAUUUUCAAACCAUCCUUCAUAAUCAAAUUUUAUGGUAUGCCCUAUGAGAAUAUCUCUAUAGGAAUUGAUGGUUUCAUCACUUUAAAGCAUUCAAAUGAUGAAUACCCUAAGAUUGGGUUCAUCACAAUGCUUUUAAUUCGUGGUGAUACAAGAUUUCAAGUAGAGAUUGGAAAUAAUGAGAAAGUCGUCGUUAUCAAAUUUGUGUCUGAGAUAUAUAAUGUUAAAGCGAAUUGUUAUAUUUAUCGAAAUGGGAAGAUAUCUUUUUACUACGAGAAGAUACCUGAUAACAUUAAAGAAAUUUUGUUAUGGCCGAUGAUGAACAAUGGAUUAUGGUGCAGUCAUUCCACGCACCCUACUCCUAUAAAAAAAGAAUACAGCGCCAUAUUAACUCAUGAGUCCUUAAUCGAAGAUGGCACAUUAGUGGAGUUCGAACCUAUGUCAGACGUUUGCGACAUACAUAAUACUAAAGAUUUAUGCAUAAAUACAAAUAGAGCUGAAUCUCAGUGUUACUGGUGUUCAAUGAUUGAAAAAUGCAGUAAUGGCCGUGAUUAUCAUGCAGAUAUAUGGAUGAAGAACGGUUGCGAUGCAAAUAAUAUUUCUCAACCUCAACGUCCACAAAAUUUAACACCAAAGGGAAUAAGAGAAUCUGCUGUACAAACCACGAAUGUGAAUAAUAUUUCUUUUUCAAUUCCGCCCAAUUUUUCUGAAGGAAAGCAAAUUUCCAAUUCGUAUACAUACUUGUUUUUUGUGAUACCACUUUUAAUUCUGUUCAUUAUAUUUAGUAUUUAUUUUGUUAGAUUAAUUCUAAUCCGGUUACGAUUAUUAAAGGUACGUAUUUAA